UUGCCAUGCCGGCAAACUCCCUUUCUAGUCAAACUCCCUUCCACGGCAAACUCACUUUCCCGGCAUUAAAGAACCUAAUUCAACGUUGAAGGUCGCUAACUAGCGCCCCCUUAAAAGCCAGAUCCGAUGAAAGUCUGCAAAGAAGGCUAAUGUCUCACUGCGCAUUUUUUUUAAAUACCCCACUACCGAAAAGAGUCCCCCUCGACUGGUGGUUGUUCAUUACCCGUAGCUGAUACUUUCCCAGCCAUGCAUCUCGGCAAAGGCUAUUUCAACUCCAAGUAGCUGCCGUUAUCGUUUCCUACAUACGGCACAUUUUCCUACAAGAACAUAUAUCUUGUUGUGAUGAAGAACAAGUGGUGAUGGUCCCAUGCGGUUGAAAAGUCAACAAUCAUUUCGUUAUCAAUUAUGCCAAAGACAAAGGUUGAACUCGAUAUCAAACAGCUACAGGUUACCGUAUUUGAAUGUGCAAUGCGGCUCAAUCAUAAAUAGUCUCAAAGUUCUAAUUUAUGUUUAAGUUUUCAUUUUGACCUGUUUCAGUUGGAGGAUUGUGGCCCCACCCGGACACCAGAUGCUCCUGACAUUUGACCCCACUUUCAGCAUAGAAAAUUUGCCUGACCGGGUUGGCUGUAAUUUCGAUAUAUUGACGAUCUACAAUGGACCAGAUGAGAACUCACCGUCCGUUGGAGAGUUCUGUGGUGAUCUGGCCCCCGAACCGAUCCGGUCCGAGGGAAACGAAAUCCUGCUCGUGUUUGUCUCGGAUGGGAGCACCGCGUACGACGGGUUCCGCAUCAGCUGGAAUUCGUCCUGCCAGGCUGACAUGCUGACCUGUGAUGCUGACACAUGCGUGGCGUCAGAGGAUCAGUGCGAUAUGGAACAGCACUGUCUGGACUGGACAGACGAACUCAACUGCACCUUCGACGCAGUUGAGUGCGGAGAUAUCCUGUCUGAAGUGGCUGACGCCGGGAACAUCACGAGUAUGAACUAUCCCCACUUCUACCCGCCCGGCCUCAGCUGCACCUGGAUUAUAACUGCCCCUGUAGGCCAGCGUUUGGUGGCCUCCUUUACGGGCAUCUUUAACGUCAGCUGUCAAAACCCAGUCUCGGUUCUCUCCUAUCGGAUGCCUGGCAAUGGGACAGGCGACCUACCAAUAAUCGACGUGACAGAUCUAGCUGAAGGGAACUUUGAGAAUCUUGGCGAGGCCUGUGGGAAAGAGAGACCCAUAGAGAUCUUCAUGGCGACGGCAGAAGCACUGGCGAUCACGUUCACUCCCAGCGCGACGGAGGCACCAAGGGCAGGCUUCGCCUUGGACUACUACUACUGUCCGUUGGACGCCUUCAUCUGCGUCGACAGGACGUGCCUGUCCAUGGACAUGACGUGCGACGGACAACGGGACUGUUCUGGUGGGGAAGACGAAGGAGCACCGAUGUGCCCAACUACAGAAGCUCCUGAUAUAACAACAACAACGCUGCAAACAACAACGGGUCUUGGCAAGGCGACCGACGCUGCGGACGGUAGGGCGACGCUGGGUCCUCCGCUAACCACCGUUCAGGACCCAACGGGGCCGACAAAACUCUGGACGUCACUUACACAAACGGCUUGGAGAAGCACCGACAGACAGACUGAGUCGCCAGGCAACUCCACGGCGGGGUACAGCAUGGUACCACGGUUAACAGCCCACCCGCCACGCGAUGAUGACCCCGGAACGCUGCCCAGGCGCCGGUGCUACUCCUGCUACGGAAAGCAGGACUGUGAGGACCCCUGGGCUCAUCCUGACAUCACCGUCCCCGUGACAGAGUGUAUGGACGACGAGGACUGCUGGGUUGAGCGUAUCGUCGGUCCGAGUAAGGCGAGUAAUGUAGGCCGAGACGAAGAAGUCCUGUACCGAAGGAGCUGCGGUUCCAAGUGCCCCCCGUUCUGGCAUGAUGAGUCCUGUAAAGACGGGUGGCUACAGGUCUGCAGUAUGUGUUGUGACAGAGACCUGUGUAACCGACAACAACUGACAGGCGAGGGCAAGUCGUUCUUCCAAAAGGAGGUUAUGUCGGGUGGCGGGGCAGGGCUAUCAGGAGCCCGCUGGCAGAGUUUCAGUCUCGUCUACUUUGCAAUUCUUAUGGUUUCUUCUUAGACAUGACGUUUGAUCACGAAAAAUAAUAUUAGGUGCUCGCGUUGCCUCACUAUCCCAAUUGUAGGAUUAAUCAGAUCACUCGUGUUUCGGUGAGGAGGGCCGUAAUGCACAUUUACCGUGCCUUUGUGUCCGUGAUACAUCGUGUAUGUGACCGCAGAUAUAAAAUCAUUCUGCUUGCCAUGGUCAAGAAGCUGGGCAUGUAUAAUAGUAUAUAUACAUAUAGCAUGUUUGCUGUGACUGAAAAUGUCUUGCUUGCUAUAUGACUACAAGAUAUAACCGUUUGCCUGUAACACAGCAGUUUAUAUGUAUAUUGUGUGUAAUUGGGAACCAGGUCGGGAGUAGAUCCCGUGCUCACGGUUAGCGUUUGUUAACUUUGUAAAUGGACUGUCCUUAAGCUGAAAACUAGAAAAGUGCGCCUGUGCUUGAAAUGCCUACUGGUCGAUUUUCUUCACUAAGUAUACUCAAAUUAUCCUAGCGUGUUCUGUGACCAAUCUAAAACAUUGUGGGUUGGUUUCUAGGACCAUCAACCAAUAGUUUAGAACACAGCUCCUGACCAGAAAAGUUGUAGAUAUGUGUAUACCAUGUAUGUAUUCAAAGGGAACAGGAGAAAUUGUACCCCACAUCUUUUUUAGAGAUACACCUAAAUGUCUGACAUUAUACCAUGACAGGAGACUGACUUGAAGUUUUCAAAAUA